AUGGCAACUAUUACUAAUUUUUUCCUAGCAGAUAUGGAGGAAAGGUCCCAAGCUGAUAUGGACGAAUUGUCCCAAGCUGAUAUAGAGGAACUGUCCCAAACUGUUGUUCUCGACGAACAAUUAGUACAGAGAAAUAUUGCGCCAAAUCUUUCUGCAAUUGUUGGGACUGCAGUUGCUGCAAAACUUAUAACUUCUGCUGGUGGUCUCUCGUCGUUGGCGAAAAUGCCUGCUUGUAAUAUAUUGAAUCUUGGUACCAAAAGGCAGAACAAUUUAGCAGGUUAUAUUGAGCAAACAGACAUAAUUCAGAGUACACCUCCUUCUUUAAGGAAGCAAGUCUGUAUACUGCUGGCAACAAAAUCUCUAUAUGCGGCACGUGUAGACUCGAUCAGAGGAGACCGAACUGGAAUAUUUGGAAAAUAUCUUAGGGAAGAGAUUCGUAAAAAGAUAGAAAAAGGGCAAGAUCAGGUCUCAAGUUCCACUGUUCUAGGAUAG